GUGAAACUCUGACACAUGACGGACAGAUGAGGACUGUGUCCCUGCUGUGUUAUCUCAUUAUAAGCGUUGGAACGACCAUGGCUUGGUGUUUCCAUCGUGCUUGCUCUUGGCUCGGUUGGUUGAAGUCGCAAAUGGUUUUUAUUUUUCGCAGUGUGGGAAAUUAUGCUCCAGUACUCGGAUUUGCACUUUUAGCGAUACGCUUCAGAGGUGGUCGCGGAGGCAAAGAUGAGCCUGAGACAAGCGCUGAAAACAAACCUCUGGAGACAAGUUCCCCAGAGAAGCUCCAGGAGGUUUACUGUGACGAUCUACCUAAGGCCGCCGCAGGGAGCGAGGUCUCCCACCAGGAGCCAGAAAGUAAAGAACAUGAGGAUGAGGAGUGUAACGGUGAAGAAGAGUAUCGCGUGAAGACCACAGACGAGUUUUACUGUGACUACGAUUCAACCUGGGAGACUGAGGAGAGUCAGGAGGGUUCAUCCAAGAGGAUCAACCGUCCAGCACCGUCCAGACAUUACAAGUUCAACAGAUUUAGAGAUGCAGCAAGAGACAUGCAGAACUACAGGCAUGACUACCCUAACACAGUACAAAGCUGGAGGAAGUCCGCACCUGAGGAUGGCAUGCCUAACUUGGAAUUCUAUCUGGGACGGAGGACCUCAUCACCUGACGGUGCCUUGAUAAGCGAUUUCCACAAUCAGUGGUAUGGACAAUAUGACACACUGGAGUUUGUACACACCUAUAUUCAGUGGUUGUUCCCACUUGAAGAGCCAGGACUGAACUAUGAUGCCAAGACACUGACAAAGGCAGAAGUUAUGGAGUUCCGCCAAAACGCAAUUGCAAAGAAAAAUCUGCUGAUGUCGUACAAGCUCAUGUUGGACUUUUACGGUAUCGAGAUGUGUGAUGAGGAAACAGGACAGGUCAUGAGAUCGGCGAACUGGAGAGACAGAUUCCAAAACCUGAACAGUCACACCCACAACAACCUGCGCAUCACCCGCAUCCUGAAGUGCCUGGGGACCCUAGGGUUCCCUCACUAUCAAGCCCCCCUGGUCCACUUCUUCCUGGAGGAGACUCUCAUCCAUGAAGAACUCGCAAGAGUCAAGGAGAGUGCCCUCAGCUACUUUAUGUUUGCUGUCCGGGAUAAGAAACAACGCAGGGAACUCAUCAAGUUCGCUUAUUUGAACUAUGAGCAUAGAGAUGAUUUUGUGUGGUGCCCAAAGAAAAUACAGAUGAAGUGGUCCAAGUUACUGAAGGAAAAGCAUGGCAACAAAAAGGUUGACAUGAAUCUCUCUAUUGGGAACAGAAAAGCUGAAUGAAGAUGAACCUCUGCAUAUCUGGUCACAAUGAAGAAAGUCUCUAACUGGACUGUUACCAUAGAUAUUUGCCUUACAAACUGGUAGAGGAGGUGACCCCAAAGCUUUAUAGUUUUAUGCAAGUUUGCCACAUGAAUGCAGUUCAAAUACCUAGCUCUAAAGAGGAUGUCAGAGAGGGUCGAAGUAGCAAAGACAGGGACAGUGAUGAUGAGUUUAUCCAGUGACACAGAGGCAGAUACACUCCAGGUCCUGCAGGUGAUCAGAGCAUCUUUGAAAUGUACUUUGCCUCUAUGGUUGGUUUCUGUACUCUAUGCACCAAGUUGAAUAUAGUAAUUAUGUAUGCAAAUGUUUUUGUUUUAGUAAUUACAGGUGUGAUUUCAGGAUUUUUUUCCAUUGGUUGCCUUAUUCUUGUACUCAGGCUUUCAUAUAAUAAUGUGCAGUCUUCUGAACUAAAGGAAUGUUAUACACAAUGGCUAUCAUUUUAAUACAAGUGUUUUUGCAGCACAUGAAAAUGGUUUUAAGAACUGCUCAUCAGUUUGUGGUUGAUAAACACUAAAAACUAAAAAACCACUGUCUAAAGCCUUUGACUAUCUCAUUCUUUGUGUUCACAUCCUGUUUGGUUACCUACGCAUCUUUUGUCCCUGCGUUUCUAAAUCUUCCAUUAAUUCCUAACUGUAGUCUGAGUAACUAAUAUUUUUGCAGUGGUAAGGUUGAAACUAAGGCCUGGUCACUCUUAAGAAGGAAAGCAGAUUUCUGUUUGAUAGUUCUUCAACUGCCUCUUGGAAUAAUCUGAAGGUCUGUUUGUACUUAUGUUUCUUACAAAUAAAAAAAAAAAGUGUGA